AUGAUUGAGGGUCCACUAAUUUGCCUAAAUGUACUUCAGCAUCUACAAGACUGGGAGUCAAGAGAAAGCUUUGCUUUUAGCUGUCGUUCUGUUUAUGAUACCUGUCUUUCUGAGACUUUACAUGUGCCCCAAUUGACAAUAAAUCUGUGUUCACCAAAACCAAUAGCCACAUUUCAAAGCCUGACUGUUAGAUCGCUUACUCUAACCACAGUAGCAGACAACUCAUCAAUUGUUUCAAUCAAUCAAAUUAUUAGUCUUUUAGAAACCAUGAGUCGACUACAACAACUAACAAUUACAAAGCCAUUCAAUCACAGAGGUAUUAGGAAAUUGAUUGCUUACCUCAAACCUAAUCACUACGGUCUGGAAUUAUUUGUCCCUGCUUGUAACUUCGUGCAAUUUUAUCGAAGACUAACAGUCAAACAUUCGCCUACUCUUGAUCAUAAGAUUACUUUGUUGCCUAUCGAUACACUGAGAGACAGUAGUUCUAGCUCUGAUGAAGAACAGGACGGUCUAACUAAAAAAGACUAUGACGCGUAUGAAGUACCUUAUGAAGUUGAGAAAGCUAUGGUAGGAGUUAGAAAGGCCCUGAUGACACAGUAUAUCACUAGCGGUCGAGCCAUGCUGAAACGGCGUCGCGUGUCCAAUCCUUUUUACCUUGACCUGCUUAUUAAACAGAAUAUUGUUAACAAAUGCUCUACAUACCAAUUAUUGUCUGAUAAAAACUCCCCCCCUCUGGACCUUUCAUGCCUUCUUACUAAACCUAUUGAUAUUGCUAGUAUCGACAACAUUAUUAUACCAGCUGGUAUCAAAUUCAUUGAAUCUAUUGUGUGCUUUAGAGAUAAUUGGCUCUUUAUUACACAGGUGGACGCUUUUGUUCGGAAUGACUUAGACAUUGAUCCCUGUGCCAUGGAUACGAAAUUAAUUAACUAUCCGGAAACACCUGUUGCAAGAAUAAUACAGAAGUCAUACAAAAGAAGAACUUGGCAUGAAGUAAUGUUUUUAUACGGUAGAUUUGAAUUUCUUGUAACUGGGGGGAUUUACGGGAAUAUUCAUGAUAGCGGUUUAAAGUCUUUUCUUGGUGCCAGCUUCAAAAUCAAAACACCAGCCGAUGAGGAUAGUACAACUUCUAGUACACUAUUUUCACAAAUUAUUCGUGCACCUUCAGGAAAUAAAUCUGUGCAGUUUAAAAAUAAAAAUUGA